UGGAGAAAGCCACAACUGGCAAAGCACGUGCUUUGUAGGUCUAAUUUCAUUGGCUAUAUUAGUGGUGACAGCCCUUGAAACGCAUUUUAAUAAUAGUAAUAGCAUUCAAAAUUUCAAGACUAAAAAGUAUACACAGCUGUUCUUUUUCUAUAUACAUUGUUUUAAAUACGUAUGUAUUAUGCAAUUAUGUUACUAAAAUAAAAAUAAAGUGUGGGAUCUACCAUAAAAUAAAAUAACGGAAAUGUUGCUGCUACGUGUGGUGUUGUGCCUAUUCUAAUCCAGCUUAUCGAGUACACACUUAUGAAAUUGAUGUCUGAACCAGCUGAUUGAUUCACAAAAAAUAAUGAGCCAAGCUAAGCCUCGCACUACCGGUGUAGAUUUUAUUAUAUUAGGUAAAACUGGAAAUGGAAAAAGUUCAACUGGCAAUUCUAUUUUAAGACGGGGAAAUAUUUUUAAACCCAGCUACUAUACAACCUCUGGUACUAAAAUACCGCAGUUUGAAUGGAGUAAAUUUGAAGGCAGGAAUCUUCAGGUUGUUGACUCACCUGGCGUAUUUGAUACAUGCGAAGAUGAGGCAGGAGGAAUAACUAUGGUACAUGACGCUUUACAGAACGCCAUGUUGGCGAACCCAAAAGGUUAUCAUGCAUUUCUUGUUGUACUAAAAUAUGCUACACGUUUUACUGGAGAGGAACAGAAAACUGUUGACAUUCUGAAAGGAAUAUUAGGCAAAAAUUUCCUUAAAGACUACGGUAUUAUUGUGAUGACAAACGGAGAUACUUUUGAACAUGAUUGUCAAAAUAAUAAAAUUCAAAAUCUACAAAGGUUUUGUGCAAACCAGAAGGGUCCGUUCAAGAGCAUUUUAGAAGAAUGCAAUAACAGAAUUAUAGUUUUUAACAACAUAACCCAAGACGAGGAUGUUAGGUACAAGCAAGUGAAACAAUUGAUUGAUAUGGUAGACAAACUGAAAAAUCAUGGUCAAAGAUAUACACAUGAACAUUUUAACAAGGCUGAUCAGUUUUACCAACACUUUGUUGUAACAAGUUCGAUACCAAUUAUUUCCAAAGAAGUUUUAAAAGAGCAGAGUCUAAUAAUGCAUGCUAUUACCACUUGCGAGAUUUUGAUGGGGGAGUCAGAAAAAAUCGAAACUCUGAAGAGUCUUCUGCCAAGACUUGAUUCAUUGAUGAACAGUCUUAAAGAAAAAGAUAAAGGAACCGGUGCUCUAAAAGACUUCAUUACACACGCAAAUAAUACAAAAAGAAUGAUAGACGCUAGAAUUGAUAUAUACACUGAUAUUCUUUUCAAGCUAAAUAGCUUACACAAGAAAGCGGGUGAACUAAAGCUAGAUGAAUUUGAAAAAAAUGGAAAAAAGAAUACAACUUCUGUUGAGGAAAGUAAAGUGGGGGAAAUAGAAAGUCAAGAAGAACAGCUAAAAAAACAAUUGAUGGAAACAGAAGAAGAUAGAAGGAGGCUACAAUGGGAAACAACUAAAUAUUUCUUUGAAGGAAUUGGCAUUGUUGUAAAAGCAUUUGGCAGUAUAAUAAUUAGUUCAACAGACUCGGUUACUGAAUAUUUAACAAAUAGAGAAUAAAGAAAUUUCCAAUGUAGUCAGUUUCAUGAGCGUGUCUAGCAAAAUAACCAUAGGGAUCGUGCUCGCAUUUGUGACACCUGUUAAGCCAUCACGGCUUCAUAUACGAAUGCAAGCACGUACGAAGCAAUAACACAACAUGACGGUAUCCAAUGUUAGGGUUUUACAAAAUAAUUUUGGAUCUUCAACUCUUACUUCUUCUGUAACAACUGCAAUGCUUUUAUUCAAGUACAUUAAAAAAUAUAUAUAAACAAUUAAUUUAAAUGAAAUGUAAACAAACUUGCUUACUUUAAUAAAAGCUUUUGUUCCUCCUGAGAGGAUGGACGGACGGACGGACGGAUGGACGGACGGAUGGACAGACGGGUGGAUGGAUGGACGGGUG